AUGGCGCCGGGCUUCUUCUCCAACAUCCCCGUCCUCUCGGCAAUCCCGAACCCCCUCAACCUCUUCAACCUCGACGACAGCACCCCCAACAACAACAGCAGUCUCGAUGACAGGGAUUCCCCCGAGCCUGGGCCGUCGAGGCCCAAGCCCAUCCUCUCGCGUGACUCGAGCGACCCGUCGGCAGACUCUGACAGCGAGCAAGGCCACUCGGGAAGGCCCCGAGUGACACCUCGCAAGGUGUCUGCGCCCACAUCGGUGGUGAUCGACCCGGGCCUCGACUCGGACACGCCGCGCACUGGCACAUCCCGUCGGCCUCGUGGGUUUAGUGUUGCAUCGCGCAUCUCGGCUGUCCCAGGCGACAGGGCCAAGCGCCGCAUCAAGGUUGAGACGUUUAUCCUGGUCAAGCCACCACCCACGUCGAGCAAGAACCCCCUCAACCUCCAGGUGCAGCUGGUCAUGCCCGAGCGGAAACCACGCAACCGUGUCGCCUCUGACGCGGCCACGCGUUCGGGUGACAUUUCGUCUGUUCCCAGCACCCCGCAGCGGGGGUCGUUUGAGAACCCGGAGGACGCCGUCGGCCAGCCCCCAGAGCACGAGCCUCUGCCUCCCGUGACGGAACUGAAACGCUCCAACUCGAUCACCUCGACACACUCGAGCAGCAGCACCACGGCCAGCGCGUCGUCCAGCACCGCGGCAGGCAAGCGUAUCGUGCCCCUGUACAACCUCGCCGUCCACAACGUUGUCCAGCCUUCGGUCGUGACCGACGCGGGAACAGACAGCAAGGUGGCAAAGUUUGGCAAGCGCCAGCUCGACAUCACGGGUGUCGGCAUCCUCGAGCCAGCAGAGAUCUGGUUCCCUUAUGCGGGCCUCAUGCCAGGCUCGCCACGGCCGUCCGUUGACGUCAACAAUGGCCACCGCAACAAUGGCCGGCCAGCGUCCAUGAUCUCCAACAUGUCGUCCCUCACGCCUGCCACCUCGCGCGUCGACGAGUCGGUCCGGUCGUCCAUGGAGAAUGGCAAGGAGAGCUCGUUGACACAAGAGGAUGGUGCCAAAAAGUUCUUUGGGAAGAUCUUCCGCAAACGCGGCAGCGCCGAACCCUUGACGUCUCCCCGGGUCAACAACGACCGCCGCCAAAACAAGAUGGUCCCGUCCAAGAGCUCCAACUUUCUCACCGUCGACAGCGCCGCCGGCUCGACUCUGACGGUCCCCUCGGCACCGUCGUCGCCGCAGAUGCCCGCGUACUCGAACGAAACGGCGACCCCCAUGACCCCGACGCUCUCCAUGCAGGUCGGCGCACCCACGUUUGGUCUCGCGCCAUCGGUCGUGGCCCGUCGUACCGGCGAGAUGGUCCUGUACGGCUCGGGAGCAAUCAUUGGCCUCACGUCCGAGACAGCUCCUCCGUCCGAAGGCGAGGGCGAGGUCCUCCAGCUUGUCCGCUCAGGACGGCCUAUCGGAUUCACCUGGACGGUGCGCAAGUGGGCCAAGAAGAACACGGACGGGUGGGCUGCGCACCUCGUCGCGGCUGCUGCGGCGGGUCUCGACCUCGUUGCUGGCCAGCUUCCUGGUGACGGCUCUGACGAGGUUGUCUUUGAGUGGGUCAAGCUUCGCAUGGCACCGUCGGCGUCCAUGAUCGUCAAGAACCACCCGGCAGGUGACGCCAUCGAGGCACGUCGCCGUCGUCGUCGUCCUGCCCGCCCUGCCGGUGCUUCGGGGUCCGGAUCGCCCGCGCCUUCGCCCUACGGCUCGCGUACGUCUCUCCCUCUGCGUCCGCGCAGGAAGACGGUCGACGCCGCCGGUGCCGACGGUGCUGCGGCCGCCCAGCCCGCGUCGCGUCGCGGCGUGUCGCCCGUCCCCCGCCGCGUGAGCGCCAGUUCGGACGGUGCCGAGCUCGCCGACGAGGCGUCUUCUGUGGCCGACUCGUCGUGCCCGCCUACAUGCGACGUGGUGGUCGACGACGACGACGCGUACGACUCGGACCCCGAGGACAGCGAGACGCCAUGGAUAUUCUCCGUCUGGGUGAAGCGCACCAACAAGCGCCAGCUGCUCGCGACGCUCACCCCGACCCCGCACCACCCAAAGGUCAUUGGUGUGCUGCGCAUCCCCCAGUCGCUCAAGAGCAUCUCCCUCGCCGAGGUGCCCACGUCCGUCGCCAACGUCAACCAGAACAGCGUCGACAUGGCCGCGCGCAUCUGCCAAGAGGUCGCACUCACAGAGGAAAACCUCAAGGACGUCGUCAACGUCACGGCCAUGUGGCUCGUCGCGCGCGAGGAGUUUGGCGGCUUGGGCCAGAAACGCAAGGGCGCAAAGUAG